AUGGCAGCCCUCAGACCUUUGGGGUUUGUAGAACUAGUUCCAAGCUGCUUUGGAUCCUGGCCAAGAAGUUUAAGACGAACGGCAAGGAAAACUCCCAAUUUAUCUAUAGAUUCAAAACACAAAUCACCACCACACUUAAGAGGAAAGAAAAAUGUGACCGGCUCCAUGUACUGGGGUAAGAAUGAGGGAUUUGGAUGCGGGAUCGGAGAAGGGCCCACACACAAAAUAAUUAUUGAUUUUUGUGUCUUUGAAUCUACAAACAUAAACAAAAUUGGGGUGAAGGUUGAAGCAAGAAAACACACACCCCAGUGCUCCUUCCUCAGUUCAAAGGACAUGUACUGCACACCUCUCAGAUAUGUAUAUAAAGCUGUUAUUUCAGAUAAAAAAAAAGAUACCUGUGAGCUUAAAUCCUCCCAAAAUUUCUGCAUUUGGUUGGGGGGCAGUGGUAAGUGUGUGAGAAAGAAACCGAAUUAUUUUGCUUAUUUAUUUAAACAGGUAGCUGUUUUCUGA